AUCGAGCAUUCCGUCAAAACCAAGCGUGCAAUUUCCAGUCCAUGAAUCUACCAAGUCCUGAGACCAGGCAUACUCCAUGGCCCUGCCUUGUACAGACGUGCUUCGCCAUGAUUCGGGGCGAUCUUGACGGAUUGAGGCGCCUGUCUGCCGUCAUCGGAUCUAUGAUCGGGCAUGUCACUCAAUGCGGCAGGCUGCCAUCGUCAUGCGCCGCGAAAAAUGCGUGAGCUGCUGUAACCCGGAGGCCAUCCCUGCCGCGUGCUACAUACCGAACCCAGAGGACAACACAAGAGCCCGUAGAGUGUCAUCAUGGCUUCGUGCGGUCCACCAAGGCAGAGACGUGCGCAGGAACAGGAAGACCUGUGGCCAGUCCUUCUAUAAGGCCCCCGUGGCGGAUCAGUCUCGUCUUGAUCUGGAGCAGAUUCUGCAUUUCCUAGUGGUACGCUCUUCUCACCAACAGGAUAUCCGAGGCAAUCACGUCCACAAUGAAGAUCUCGCCCAUCCUCUUUGCGCCCUUACUCGUGUCCGCAGCCCCGGGCGUAACCAGAAGGGGCCAUGACAGGGUAGUUGAGAAGCGAGCGGCGACAAUCACGACGACCGAGUUGGCUGAUUUAAGGUUUUUUUCUCAAUAUGCAGCCGCUGCCAACUGCAACGGCCAAGUCGCGGCAGGGUCGGCCAUUGCGUGUGCCAACAACGGAUGCCCAGAUGUCGAGGCCGUCGGCUCGACCGUGGUGGACACUUUUGGUGGAGUCGUGACCGACAUCCACGGCUAUGUAGCCACAGAUGUCGAGAACAAACUCAUUGUUGUUGCCUACAAGGGCUCAACAUCCUUGAGGAACUACCUCGCAGACUUUGUGUUUCACCGCGUAGGCUGUGCCGACAUUGUUGAUGGCUGUGAGGUCCAUGCCGGCUUUUCCAAGGCCAACGACGAGACCUGGGAGAAGAUGCUGGCAACCUUGACAACCACCGUGGCCGCAAACCCGACUUACAAGGUCGUCUUCACGGGUCACUCCUUGGGCGGUGCCGUGGCUACACUUGCCACUGCUCGUGCCCGCAAGCUCGGAUUCUCCAUUGACCUGUACAACUACGGGUCGCCCAGAGUCGGCAACCAAGCCUUUGCCGAGUUCGUCACCAGCCAGCCCGGUGUGGAAUACCGCAUCACACACCUCACGGACCCUGUGCCUCGUCUGCCUCCGAUCUUUCUCGGUUAUCAUCACAUCUCGCCCGAGUACUGGCUGUCCAACGGCAUUGCCAACACCACAGACUACAGCCCUGCAGACAUCAAGAUCUGCGAGGGCACGGCCAGCGUCCAGUGCAACGCUGGUGGUCUCGGUUUCGACCCUGAUGCGCACAACUACUACCUCGGCCACAUCACCGCGUGUACCGGACCAUUCGACUUCAAGAAGAAGCGGGAUGCUCAGGGCGAGGUCGAGUUUGUGUCCGAGACAGCGGUUCCCCCUCUACACAUCACGCCAGACUUGGCCACGAUUGACCCACCUGUUCUCUCCGACGAGGAACUUAUAGCUCAGAUGUUGGCUUUCGCUGAGCAGGACAUUGAUGCUGCGAAUGCGCUGGCAUAAUUGCACGCGGUGUUGGCAACGGGAAUGGGAAAAUAUGCGUAUACGAGCUAUGAAGAGAUGCGAAAUACUGGGAAAAUGUACCGAUUAACUUUAUACACAACUUGUGAUUCCUUACUUCGAGACUAAUUAAUUGGACUACUCCGAGAACAAU